CACGCACCCCAGGGAAACGAGAGAGGAGCAACAAGAGUAACGGCGUGUCCCUCCGCACCGAGAGCGGAAGGAGGUCGCGCAAGCGCCUCGGAUCAGUACUCGUUCGCCGGCGAGGAGCCUUCAGGGUGAAAAUGCACCAUGGCAUGGGAGGAUCGGCGGGCGAUCGUCACGGCGCUCAAAAUCCGGCGAUGCAGGCCAGGAAUGGGGUCUGCGACAAAAUCGAAAAUUACAUAUCCGAGCUGGGUCGAUGGGCGGUAUGGAGGGCGAUAAUAAUGGGCCAGUUUCUCUCGCUGGUGCUGUGCUUCAUGACGUUCAUAAAUCAUUACAUAAACACCGGUUCCUACAAGCUCUCGCUUCCAACAGGGCAGAAUGUUCCGCACUACGUGAUGAUGUGUUUAGUCUACACGACGUGGAUGUCCUGCAGGGGUGUGGGGAAUGGCCUAAUUUCCGUCAUACGGGCCCGUGGCUGGAGGUAUUUGUUGUUAGCACUGAUCGACGUUGAGGCGUGCACUCUUAUUACAUCAUCGCAUCAAUAUACCAGCCUUGCUAGUAUACAGCUUCUCGACUGCGUGGCGAUACCGGUCGCCUUGGUACUCUCGUUUCUGGUCCUGGGUGUCAGAUACAGAAUGGUGCAUAUCGUCGGCGUGUCUGUCUGCUUGAUGGGCGUGGGAUGCCUGGUCUGGGCUGGUAUAGACGACAAUAACGAUCCGAUGGCUACUGGAAAGAACCAACUUGUUGGCGAUAUGCUUUGUCUCGGCGGCGCGGUAUUGUUCUCCAUAACGACGGUGCUGCAGGAAUUGGCCGUUAAGACGGUCGAUAUCAUCGAAUACCUCGGCAUGAUCGGUUUUUUCGGUACAAUACUGAGCUGCAUGCAAACCGCGGUGCUCCAGAGGUUUCAAAUAGAAGCGUUUCACUGGGACAACGUACCAGUAAUAACGAUCCUGAUUCUUUACUGCAUCACGCAAUUCAUGUUCUUCUCUCUGGUGCCGGUAAUACUGUUUGAAUCGGGCGCUACCGCCUUGCAGCUCGCGCUGCUCACCUCGGACUCCUUCAAUAUAUUGGCUGGAAUGCUUAAUCACCACUACAAGUUUCAUGCACUGUACUUCGUUUCGUACGCGCUCACCAUGACCGGCAUAUACAUUUACGCGAUAAAGAGAACACCGAUGUCGUCGAACUCACGGAGGCAGCACAUCGAACCGCCGAUCCCAGAUUAUAGACAUAUGUCCCAUCCCGAUGUCGGCGAGGUGGAGAUGGCCACGAGUUCCGGAAUGUCAGGCGUGAGCGGCACCCUCGACAUAAGGGCAUCCACCCUCGGCAGCGAGAGGGAGACAAUGGACGCGACAAGUCUACCGCUUAGCGUCAGUUCCGACACGGCCUUCACCUCCUUCUACGGCAGUCAGGCGAACCUAAAGGUAGCAUCGAGAUCGAUGCCGCGUGUUUCGUCCAAUUCGUAUUUCGAUACGAGUACCGGUCCGCCCUGAUAUCUGUCGGGAAUGAACUUAACGCGAGCGCAGGGUUCGCGUGAUAUUCCGAGGCAGAUGGAAUCCGCGCGACUCAACGUUUUCUCCAAAUCUACACACUUUCGAUAAUGGGACUUCGGCGCUGCGACACGAGACUCGACGAGUUUGCACUACGACGAUUCUUUCAAAUUUGGUAGACUCAUUUUACAGAAAGAAAAGCCUCGGAGCAUGAGCGGGGAUCGCGUGAUGUAACUGACUCGUACGAAGGCAAUAAGAUCAAACGACAAAUAAAAUUGAUAAAUGUAUAAGUUUUAGAUAUCGUUGUAUACUCGAUGAUAGGUUUGGUGCUCUGUAUUAAGUAGCGUCUGAAUGAUUGCCCGCACGAAGAGAGUCUUUUUAAUUCGCGGUGACUCCAUCUGCCUCCGAUAACGAACUCCCCGUACUUCUUUACUUGUUGUUGGAGGUGUAAAUGAAAUCUGUGACGGUUUCAGGCUGCGAACGGGAACAGUGGUUCUGCCUAUAAUUAAUAAGUGGAAGGAAUCGACUGCCUAGAAUAGAGUACCGUGCAAUUCAUUCGUUCGAAAUGCGAACUUCUUGACUUCUUGAAACGGGGCCCUUAGAAAGGAUGUUUGUAUAUCGACAUACAUAAUUACGAACGUUAGCACACUGUCUAAAGACUUCUUUAAGAUAUCUGUGUAAGCUUAUUAUUACACAGUGUUAAUUGUACUUAACGGUAAAACGAUAACCGGGCCGUCUUUGAGUUGUAAUUCAACGGUGUGUUUAGGUGUUAUUUAAUAAAUAAGUUUAAUUUAUGAGAAGAUACUAGGUUUCGAUGUAAUCAUUGGAAUAAUUUCAAUCAUUAGAAUUAAACUUUAUAGUUUUCGUACGCAACGAAAUAAAUUUGGGUAAACGUACUAACUAGUCUAAUAACGAUAAAUAAUUUUACCUCAUUGUAGCACACCACUCAUCUAAUUAGAUCUUUCUGACAUGCAUAUUAUGUAUAAUUGACGAUUAAUAUUUCAGACUAAUAUUUCGCCUUAAUCUUCGACUAAACGAUCGAAUUAAACUUAAGGACGGCCAUAAAAUCAAAAUACACACCGAUUUGGGUAUCGAUAUUCCUUCUAAUCAAAAACCAUUUCCAGCGUAUUGUUUAUAAAGGUGUCAACUAACUCUGUAAGAACGAAACGUGCCAAAUGUCGAAGUCUAUUAGCACUUAGAUCGUAGAACUAGAAGAGCGCGAAUGUAAAACAUGUACCCGUUUUAUGUACAUCGUGUACUCAUUUUCACUUAAAUUUUUUAUAUUAACACGAAUUACCUUCGUGUGACGUUUGUUAUGACUAUUACGAUCGAUAUACUGUAGUAUAUACAAAGAUAUUUAUAAGUUACACUGAUAAAGGCUGAUCGAGGUAGAGGAAAACUUUACGUAAUUCAACUCCGACGUGCUCGAUCGACCUAAUUAACACAGUCAAUGUAAGUCGACUACGUAAUUAUGCUACACUAUUCUAUUCUUCUAUUACAAUAGCUUGCGGCUGGAAUGAACAAACAUCAUCAUCCAUGCGGAUAACACCUUAAAAUGAGUGUACACUUAUUUGUAUUCCGCUACUCCGCGCAUAAUAUCCAAGUAUAAUAGUGACUAAAUCUAUGACUUAUAUUCUCGUCAAUAAUCCAUGUUUUUUGUUUAAAAAAAAACCAAUCGGAAUUUCAGAGCAUUUACAGGGUGCAGAAAAUCUAAACUCGACACAACUUGACCUUGUUGUUACACCAUACUAAUUCAUACUAUGCAAUUAUUCAAUAAAUUAAUCUUAUGUGAUUAACGUUAAAAAUA